AUGGUGGAGGUUGAUGAGAAGGACUCGAGCUCAUUUACAAUAGGCAAUACUGCCCAAGAGAGGAGCCUGUCUUACGUGCCUGAUUGUUAUGUCAUACCACCUUCUAAUCGUCCGAGUUUGGCUCCUGAGACUGCUGAUGUGCCUGUUAUUGAUUUAGCUGGAUUAAGACAGGAUGCCGUCCGAAGGGCUCAGGUCAUCAAACAAAUUGGUGAUGCUUGUCGCGAUAUAGGCUUCUUUCAGAUAGUAAAUCAUGGAAUUUGUCAAUCGGUGCUGGAUGGAGCUCUAUCUGCAGCAUCUGAUUUUUUCAGCUUACCAAGGGAGGAGAAACUGAAGUUGAUGUCCAAUGAUGUGUAUCAGCCGGUAAGGUACGGGACUAGCAUCAAGGAUGGGGUUGACAAGUACCAGUUUUGGAGGGUCUUCCUCAAGCAUUAUGCAUAUCCUCUCUCUCGUUGGAUUGACUUAUGGCCCGAAAAUCCACCUGAUUAUAGAGAAAAGAUGGGGAAAUACUGUAUGGAAGCGAGGAGACUAGCCCUGGAACUAAUAGAAGCCAUGACGAAGAACCUUGGGCUAGGUCCAACGUACUUGGGCCACAAAAUUGAGGAGGGAAUGCAAGUCGUGGCAGUAAAUUGCUACCCCCCGUGCCCAGACCCAGAGAAGGCGCUAGGAUUACCGCCUCAUUCAGAUUACACGUGUCUAACCAUUGUUCUCCAAAACUCACCUGGCCUGGAAGUCAUGGACACAAGAGAUGGCAAGUGGCGGUUAGUCCCGCAAAUCCAAGGUGGUCUUCAGGUCCAUGUUGGUGAUCAUCUCGAGGUACUGAGCAAUGGCCUAUUCAAAAGUGUGGUGCAUAAAGCAACACUUAACUCUGAGAGGACAAGAAUUUCCAUUGCUAGCCUGCACAGUCUUGGUAUGGAUGAUAAAAUGGAAACUGCCGAGGAGCUUGUGGAUGAUCAACAUCCUAAGAGAUAUAAAGAAAGCAGCUUUAGAGAUUUCUUGAAUUUUCUUUCCAACAACGACUUUGCAGGAGGGAAAAGCUUCUUGAGCACAUUGAAGGACGUUAAGACUUAGAUGUUCUUGCUCUCUCUCUCUCUCUCUCUCUCUCUCUCGCUCUACCUAAUUCAUGGUAAGCUUGUGGUGACGAUGAGGGUUAUGAACUUAUGAUACUAUCUAUGCUUUUGUUUUCGUUUAGGCUUUGGUGUUAGGGUUGGAUUUUGUGCUUCUGUUUCCAAGUGUGUUUAUUUGUAGCCUAACAAGGCAACAAUGCUGAGGCUUAGGCCUCUGAUUUUCUUCUCCCGUCUAAUGCUCAAAAUAAUUACGAUUGUAAGGCCAGAAAUAAACUAGCUAUACGGUUAGCAAAA